AGAAUGAGAUUAUCAUAUAAAUCAGUCUAAAGUACCAGGACAGUAAGUGUUUUACAAUUAUUUGUAAAAGUUUGCACUGAAAUGGCAGCUCUUCUGGAUUCAAUAUUCAGACAAAGAGCUUCUGAGGAAGAGUUAGCAGACCCACAAUUUUUACUUAAACAGUUCCAGGAUGAUGUUUUGCGUGCCUCUUAUCCUGCCAUGUACCACCUGGUUUUGUUGUCUUGCCUAAUUCCAAGUUCCACAGCAUGUGUGGAAAGGCUGUUUUCUCUUAUGAACACGAUUUGCACACCCCUCAGGAGCUGUCUUAAACAACAGAGUCUGGACAACAUUAUAAGAAUUGUGUCAGAGUCCAGUGGUUCCUUGACUCCAAGGCAGCUGACCAGAGCCUUGGAGCAUUUUAAGUCAUCCAAAGACAAACAAUUAAAGUUCUAAAUGAAUAAAAUGAUUUGUUUUCAGAUUAUUCUGUGUUUAUUUGAUUUUUCUUGUUUUUAGAAUUAAAUUAUGACUGGUAAAAAUUUCCCAAUUUUUAUAAAAACUUCGCUUUUUUCCCAAUUCCAUUGGCCCCGGCCCCAGUACCAAAAAUGGGUGUGAGAGCCC